AUGCCCCUCUGCAAUCCACAACAGCAGAGAGAGAGCGAGAGAACCACCACCAUCGCGCAGAGACUGUUGUGGGAGAGGUGCUUUGCAGUUGGGCGGCGGACGGACCAUCUCCUUUAUUUUUCGGCCACGCUACGCGCACGAGGGGGAGCCGGAACAGAACUUUCUCGUUUGUCCGCAACGCUGCGCGCACGGGGAGGGUAUCCACAACAGACUUCUGGGCGCGCGCGUUCAACCAUGGCGACCCGAGGUGACGCUGUUCAGUCCGCGCAAGAAACGGCGAGGCUUGGGAUAUCGACUGUGGUAGAGUCAGUUGCGACGGGAAUAAUCGAAAUCGGUGCGGCCACGCCAGUCGUGGCCCCUCUCUGCGUAGCUCUACUCAAAGCCAAGGGUAUCGUAGAUGGGGCCAGUCGCAACAAAGAAGAGCUAGGGGAGCUGUGCGAGCGGUGCGACUUGAUCACGGUUCAGGUGAUCGAUAAGGCCAAGGCUUCGAAUACCUCGACGAUCGAUGUAUCCCCCCUCCAAGGGUGUGUCGACAAGCUCGACGAGGUGGCCAAACGCUACCAUGAUCAAGGGUGCUUGGCCAGGCUUGCGCAAUUUCGCAGAGAUGGGGACGACAUCCAGAGGCUGCGCGCGCGCAUCGAGGCCAUCGUUCCAAUCAUGGGGCUCGCGGGCGUGGUGAACAUCAUGGAUCGACUCGAGGAUGUGCGGCAAAUUUUGGCCCGUCUGCAGCCACGACCGCGGCCUAAGCUAGCACCUGUGCCACCAGGCCUACCGGCGGGGGAGGCAUGGCACGCGGUGCGCGAUCAUGUGGAGGACGAAGUGUACAAGAUCCUUAGUGGGGACGAACCAGCGGUGGCGGCGCUGACGGGGAAGAGUGGUGCAGGCAAAUCCACCGCCGCCGCCGACAUGGUACGAAAUCGGAAGGUCGAUAUCCGUGGUCUCGAUGAUGAGACAGAGGACCAGGCACGUACUCGGAUGGACCGCCUGGAACGCGUGAGGGCCCGUUUUUCCGACGGCGUGGUGUAUCUGCGGGUGGGCAAAGGGGAGGGGGCCGCAGACCGCUUACCCGAUCUGAUGCGUAAGUUGGCCAAGGCGCUCCACGAGGACGUGCUGAAAAAGACUGCCGGUGCGCCAGAGGCGGGCGAGAAAGGCGAGAGCUACGUGAAGAAGAUGAUGACACGAACGAAGAAGCGGUGUCUUGUGGUGGCCGAUGAUGUGUGGGAGCCACCAGUGGUCGCGAAGCUGAAGGAGACGGGUAUGUGGGUGCUUCUGACCACGCGAUUUCCCGAGAUUGUGGAACCCAACGAAGGGGUGGACGUGGACCAACUCACACCGGCGGAGGCGGAGGACGUGUUGCGCGGUGCGGCUGAGCUGCCGCGCGGCCAGCGCUUGUGCGAUCCCGCGAUGCAAGUUUUGGAUGAUAUCUGCGGUUUUGUGGCGAUGGACAUCGCAUUCGUGGGGAGCUGGAGCAUGGUGCGUCACACAGAUGACAGCGGGGCGUGGGCAGAAGCCGUGAGCAAAAUCAAUGACACGAUCGUUGACGUGAGGGAGGAUGCUGACGGGAUGAACGACAGCCAGGUCAAGAGGCUUGGGAUUCUGCGCGCCGGUUUCGACUACCUUGGGGAGGAGGAAGGGACGCUGGCUCAGAAGCUCUACGUAGCGAUCGCGGUGUUCCCCGACGGUUAUGCAUUCGGAGUGUCGGACGCAGCCGUGCUUCUAAACGACACCCAUCCUCCCGAUCCCGCUCCUCACCAUAUGAAGGUUGCCAGCCGAGCGAUAGAGAUCUUGGAAAGGUGGGCUGUGCUCACAAUGAACGCAUCAGGAAAGUACCGCAUGCACGACACCCACAUGGAUUUUGCGAGGGACAAGAUUAGGGACCAGGGAGAUGUCCGCAAGCCAGUCGUUCGCAGAUGGACUUCCCGCAUCUCUCGUCUGGACUUUGCGGUCGGCAGAGAUGUGUACGCGCUGUCAGACAUUUGGCGGGCAGUGGAGUGGGUAGGAGGCGACGGGUGGUUUGACUUACGGCCGUACGACAAAGAGCUGGUUAGUAUGGGCUCCGACUGUUCCAAAAGUCACGCUUUGGAUGUUGUCGCCGAGCUGUACGAGCAGGAACAAAAACUCGCCGAAAUGGAAACACUCACGCGGGAAGUACUCGAGCAUGCCGAUGAUGACGCGGGAGCCGAUUCUUGUGUAAGGAUGGUGGCCCUCUGGUAUCUUGGUCGGAGUCUUUCUAUACAAGGACGUUUGCAAGAGCAGGGAGAGGCAUCGCGCCAGCUGGGGGAGUUGUUUGACGCCAGCGUGAAGCCAUCGGCGCUAGACGGCGGCGCUGCUCAAGCUCAGUUGUCUUCAAUCUACAAAGCGUACGGCGUAUGCGCCACAGCAGCCGGGGAGUGGACGGAAGGGGAGAGUUGGCUUCGAAAAGCGCUACAUGCCCAGGAGAACGGUGGCCUUGGAACCAGCUUGCAAACAGUGUCGACACUGCUCGAGCUAGGUAGGUGUAUGUAUUACGCUGGGCGUCUGGGGGAGGCGGAAACAUAUUUGGAGAAAGCGCUUCAUAUCAAGGAAUCGAAGAAAGUAGGCGAUGAUCCACAGGUUGCUUGGGUGCUGGACGUGCUGGGAAACUGUGUAAGGCAGUCGAGGCGAUUCAAAGAGGCUGAAGGGUUGUUUAGGCGAGCGCUCGACAUUUUGGAGGCCAAGUUCGGAGCCUACGAUCUGCUAGUCGCCUGGAUGCUGUGCAACCUGGGUCGGUGUGUGCUGGAGGCGGGGAAAUAUGGGGAGGCGGAAGCGUUGUUUCGGCGAGAGCUGGAGAUCGAGGAGGCCAAGCUGGGGCGCGAUGAUAUCCAAGUUGCCUGGACGCUGUGCAACCUGGGUCGGUGUGUGCUGGAGGCGGGGAAAUAUGGGGAGGCGGAAGCGUUGUUUCGGCGAGCGCUGGAGAUCAAGGAGGCCAAGCUGGGGCGCGAUGAUAUCCAAGUUGCCGUGACGCUGCACUGGCUGGGUCGGUGUGUGCUGGAGGCGGGGAAAUAUGGGGAGGCGGAACCGUUGUUUCGGCGAGAGCUGGAGAUCGAGGAGGCCAAGCUGGGGCGCGAUGAUAUCCAAGUUGCCUGGACGCUGCACGAGCUGGGUGUGUGUGUGCGGGAGGCGGGGAAAUAUGGGGAGGCGGAACCGUUGUUUAGACGAGCGCUGGAGAUCAGGGAGGCCAAGUUGGGGGCCGACGAUGUCAGUGUUGCCGAGAUACGGCUAGAGUUGAGUCGGUGUGCCGGAGAUGCCAGUGGGCAGGCGGAGACGGAAUAG